AUACACGCGCAUUAUUUUAUAAUUUUAAUAAUUAAAUAUAUAUAUAUAUAUAUAUAUUUUAUAUGAUUGUUUUAAACACCGUUUCGUUACAUAGUUUAAACCACCAACAUGUGGGAAGGAUUUGUCAAGUGCCUUGGCAAAAGCAAGGGGAGUACCGAAUGCGGAGUUGAGUUAUCCGAGCUAUAUAAGCGAGUUCCGCACAAUCAGCGCAAGCAAUUCAAACAGUUUGCCAAUAUAACCAAUGAGUACAAAUCACGACUUGAAAAAUUUCCAUCACAAAUGCCCGCAAUUGAUUGGACCUAUUACAGAGAGAACGUGAGAAAGGAAAUGGUGAGCUGGGUGGAUGAGUUCGAAAAGAAAUACGAACGGUUGGACAACAUGUUCGCCAAUCGUCACUCGCUAAUUGACCACUCGAAGUACUUUGGAGAGUCUGAAGAGCUGACCAAAUGUGUUGAACAUGAGAUCGAAAAGUACAAGGAAGAAUCGAACAAGCGCAUCAAGGAGCUUGAAAAGAAAAUGGAGCAUUUGAAAAUGAUGAAGUCUUAUAAUGAGAUGACAAUGGAGGAAUUUUGUUUCAGCCACCCCAAUGAGGCGCCCGACUUUAUAAAUAAGCCCACAUUUUGGCCACAUACGCCCGAAGAGCAGAAACCGGGACCAGCCGAAGAAGUUUUGCCAGAAGCUGGCAACGAGCCUAAGUCAAAAGGUGACACGCCCGAUCCUAAAGAUGGCAAGCCGAAAAAAACACCCCCAACACCGCCAACUGGAGCUGCACCGGCGAAAAAUGACAAGCCUCAACCUAAGAAAGAAAAGAAAGAAGUAAAAACUUCCGAUGAAAGCACAUCCGAGGUAAAAAAAACCGAAGCAAAAACUUCCGAAGUAAAGAAAGCCGAAGCACAAGGUUCCGAGCCCAAAGCAGCCACAGGCAAAGAUGAGUCUAAGACCGAAAGUCAGGCAGUCGACUAUGCUUUAGAACUGGCCUCACAGGGUAUUGAAUUCGCCAAGACCGCGGUAGAAAAAACUAUCGCUCUGUUUAGGUCAGUUCUGCUGAAAGCCGGAGAGAAGAGGAAACAGGUUGCGGAAACUGCGGCUGCCGAAAGAUUGAAAAAACAAACUGUUGAGCCGCCGAAGAAACCAAUCGAGCCUGACGAGGAUGAUAUUUCUAAAAGAGAGGCUCAAUUUAACAUUUGUAACAAAACUAUAAUUCAAGGAGACGAUACAGCAAAGGCUGAUGUCAAGCCGCAUCAUGUUGACUUGGAAAUCACGUCGGACACGCCUGAGGAAAAAGAGGCCAAGAAAAGGAAAAUAAAGGAAAAGGAAAAUGAAAAGAAAUGCAUGCCUAGGCAAAAAUCUGAGGCAGAAGAGGAAGAGAAAGACGAAUGCCAAGAGAAGAAAAGAGUGUGUGUUUUGCCAGUCGAAAAAACUGAAGAAACUGUUAAACCGUGCCCGAAGCCCAAAGAGAAGAUAGAUCCCUGCAGUCGUAAGCCUCCGACUUCUGAUGCGUCCACAGUCGGUGCUCCGACAAUGUUUAAUGUAAGCACACAAAAUACAGUUGGUGGAACCGAUGCUUUAGGGUUAGAGGAUACCAAAUCAGUCAUAGGCAAGCAUAAUGUUAAUGUUUCGAAUGAAAGCAAUGAUGAUACUGGCGAUCAAUCGAAGUCUGGCCAGGAAAUGCAUGUGAUAACAAGCACAAAGACCUUGCAGUCGGAUAUAUACAAGUCCAGUAAAGAUAUCAGUGAUCAAGCGAGAUCGGGCCAGUUAAAUGCAGAAUCGGUGGCUAAAUUCGUGUUCGAAAUGGCUAGCAGUACGGCCGCCUUGCUGUCGGAGGCCAAGAAUAUUAUCGAGAAAGUCGAACAGGAUAAAAGCGGCUUAGAUCUGGAGGCUGCCUACCAGGAGGCCGAGAGCAAGGUGACCGCGGCCCUGAAUCACGCCUACAUGGCUCUGGACUCGGCCAAGGGGCUGGCCAAGCAGAGCGGCAUCGGUGACAACGAUGCCGUCGCUCUAAUUGAGAAGCACGCCAUGCUUGCCCAGCUGUUGGCCUAUCGAGCCAUCGCCAUGAAAAAGGAGAUCGCCAAGCUGCUGGCGGAUCUGCGAGGAAAAUAGGAAUUUUCAUUUUUUCAAUGCAACUUAAUGU